UGUCAACCAGUAUCCCAUAAAAAGCAUCAAUGCUAUUCCUUUAAGAGCAGAUUGGAAUGCCACUAGUGUUGAGUGACCGAGUGAGGUCGUAGGCAACAGCUAUAUUUACCAUCAGGGUAACAUGAUCUCUGGCAUUCUGGAUCAUUGUGCACAUGCAAUCCUUCUGGUCUUCACACUCUGGGCAACAGCCUUCAAAGCUGAACACUGUCGAACUGCGAAAUGCGCCACUGAUGGUUCACAUAGACUGCCAGUCUGACUGCCAAUCCAAAUUUCAUCUUAUAUCUUGGACCACACUGUAGUCUCCUUUUUUUUAUUCUUCAGUCUUGAGCAUUGAAGGUUGGAUGGGAUCUAUGGCAAGCCACAACCCCUGUUUUUCCACUGACUGGAACUGAGAGCGGCUCACCGUACAGCAGUCGAUGCGGCCUGUCACUGUCUCUCCUCUGUCCGAGCUCUCAGCAUGUCUCGUGUCUCCUCCACGGCCAAGCGCUACGGUGGCUCCUCAUAUACCAGCCACUAUAGUACCUACAGCUCCUCCCUGACGCCCUCACUCGGGACUUAUGAUCGUGACAAGCUUCCCUACAAAGCCCCCUCGACUGCAUUCUCCUCCUCUAGCUACCUGAGCUCGGGCAGCAGUCGAACACGGAAUUACAGCUCCACGGAGCCUGAUCGCGGCCGUCCUAUCCCUCGCACUGACCUUCUGAGCGGCCGGCGAAGCGAGAGCCUGAGUCGUACGCCCUUAAAGGGCUAUAGUUCAGGACUGAAUGGUGGCUCUGCCUAUUCGACCUAUGGCUACUCGCCGGCACAGACCAGCUACCUCUCCACUUCUCCUAUGCCGUCAAGUGUCUCCCUAAACCGAAGAAAAUCUGUUAGUCAGAGCGACCUGACGCGGGAGUUGUCCUCGCUGGCCCUCAAUGACACUCCCAGCAGCAACAGUCUGAAGCAGUCCUACAGGACCCGGACAAGUGAUGCCACAAGUGACUCCUACAGUAGCAGCAGCUUGCGCUCUGGUUUUGGGAUGUCACGCAGCUCCACACAGGAUGCAUUGAGCAGCAGCAGCAGUAGCCGCUUCUCCUCCUCCAUUGGAUGCUCUACUUCACCGCUCAGGGAGGAGCCAGUGAGACCGAACUCCAAGGCUGCCCAAGGUCUGGUGGGAUUAAAGAAUCUGGGCAAUACAUGCUUUAUGAACUCCAUUCUUCAAUGUCUUAGCAACACACGCAGUUUGCGAGACUACUGUCUGCACAACUCCCAUCGUCGCGACCUCAACAACAACAGCCGCACAAACACUGCACUGAUGGAGGAAUUUGCCAAGCUCAUUCAGACAUUGUGGACGUCGUCAACCAGCGACGCCGUCAGCCCUUCCGAGUUCAAAACGCAAAUCCAGAGAUACGCGCCCAGAUUUGUGGGCUACAACCAACAAGAUGCUCAGGAGUUUCUGCGCUUCCUGCUCGACGGCCUGCACAAUGAGGUGAACAGGGUUACGGUGAGGCCCCGCGCCAACACUGAGGACUUCGACCAUUUACCAGAUGAUGAGAAAGGGAAAAAGAUGUGGAGCAAGUAUCUGGAAAGAGAGGACAGUAAAAUUGUAGACUUGUUUGUAGGGCAGCUGAAGAGCUCUUUGACCUGCACUGAGUGUGGCUACUGUUCCACUGUGUUUGAUCCCUUCUGGGAUCUGUCCUUACCCAUCUCCAAGAAGGGCUACGGAGAGGUCAGUCUGAUGGACUGCAUGCGACUCUUCACUAAAGAAGACGUGCUGGACGGAGACGAGAAGCCGACAUGUUACAGAUGUAAAGCCAGAAGAAAAUGUACAAAGAAGUUCACAAUUCAGAAGUUCCCAAAAAUCUUAGUGCUACAUCUCAAGCGUUUCUCAGAAGCUCGCGUCAGAUCAAGCAAACUGUCCACUUUUGUCAACUUCCCCAUGAAGGACCUGGACCUCAGGGAGUUUGCCUCUGACAGGAGCAGUAGUGCAGUGUAUAAUCUGUAUGCAGUGUCCAAUCACUCAGGCACCACCAUGGGUGGGCAUUACACUGCAUACUGCUGCAAUCCGGACUCAGGAGAAUGGUACACCUUUAACGACUCCAGAGUAACGCCAAUGUCCUCCAGUCAGGUGCGCAGCAGUGACGCGUACGUCCUUUUCUACGAGAGAUCCGGCUUGUGAGGGCUUACAGGAGCCAGAAGGAGCGAGGCCACGACCCUUGGGGGUCAUCACUUCUCAAGCAGCACUCCUCACGGAAAGAAGACACUGUCGCCACAUUCUGGACACACGACAGGAUUAAACAUAACUUUCUUACUGUC